AUGUAUAGGGGUAGGAAGAAGGCAGAAAAGAAGAUAUACGGUGGUCUGGGUGAACAGUAUGGCAGGCUGUGGGAUUACUGUGAGACUUUAAGGCGUACUAACCCAGGUAGCUGUGUAAUGGUGAAGGUUGAAAGACCAAACCCUAAUUUGCCUGCUAAGUUUCAGAGACUCUACUUGUCCCUUGGUCUUGUGCCAAGUUUUGAUGUUGUUAUGCCAAUGGCGGAUCACCGAAUCUGUGUAAGGCAUUUAUAUGCCAACUUUCGAGAUAAAGGAUUUCCGGGGGUGGCCUUGAAGGAAUUGUUGUGGAAUGCAGCAUUGUCUUAUACUGAGGUCGACUUCAGAUUCCAGAUGGAAGAGAUUAAGAAAGUCAAUCCUGAUGCCUUUGACUACCUAGACAAGAUUGACCCCAGCGGAUGGUCAAGAGCAUGGUUCAGCGACCAUUCUAAAUGUGACCUCCUUGUCAACAAUACAUGCGAGUGUUUCAACUCAUACAUCCUGAAGGCACGUGACAAGCCAAUUCUGACAAUGCUUGAGAUGAUUAGGAAGCAGCUCAUGAGAAGGUACCAACUUAAAAGAGAUGGCAUCGCCAAAUUGAAGGGUAAGUUGUGCCCUAGAAUUGUUGAGAAGCUUGAGGCCAUUGGUGAGUCUGCAUCGGACUGCCUAUCCCGUUUUGCUGGUGAUGGCAUAUUUGAAGUAGAGCAGGGAAGAAGGCAAUAUGCUGUGGAUUUGAGGAGGAGGACAUGUGGUUGCAGAAAGUGGGAGGUGACUGGGAUCCCAUGUGCACAUGCACAUUCUGCCAUAACAUUUCAUGGGCAUAAACCGGAGGAUUAUGUAGAUCCAUGUUAUAGCAUUGAGAUGUAUAAGAAGGCUUAUGCUCCCAUCAUAUAUCCAAUGCCUAGUGAGGAAUAGUGGGUAAAGACUGCGCAUGAUGUAUUGGAUCCACCUAGAUCAAGAUCGAUGCCAGACAGAUCUCGAAAGGCCAGAGUAAGAGGUCCUGAUGAGUCGAGAGUUCCUCAGAAUCCUUAUAGAAUGAGAAAGUUUGGAUUGAAGAGUAGAUGUGGGUUUUGCAAGCUGGUUGGACACAACAGCAGGAUCUGUCCAAGGAAGAAGGAGCAGGCAUCUAAUUACAGGCAGCCCUCGACAGAAGUUGAUUUGCCUACUCCACUCCCAGCUAGUUUGCCCACUCCACUCCCAACAAGUAGCCAAAGCGUUGGAUGUAGCAGUAGUACAAGGGGAGGUGCACAACCAGCCCCCAACAGUCAAAGGGGGGGUGCACAACCAACCCUCAAAAAAGUAGGCAAUUUAUUACAAGCAAAAAAUUCAGGUUAAUUACUUACUUGGGGAUGAUACUAAUUAAUCACAUG